CUCACCGACACCAUGACAACCUCAAAUCAUGAUGAAUCAAAUACUUCCGGGCAUACUUAUGGCAACAUGAAUGCCACCUCAGAUCAAUCACAAACCACCAUGACGACCAACACCAACAACAACGAUGCCACCCAAUCUACACCGAACCAUCCUCCAGCACAAAAAUACCCCGCCAACGACAGGAGGUCGAAGAAAAACAAAAGCAGACGAUACGUCCCUUUCGCGAUACCUGAAGACUACGAAGAAUUAGAAGAUUCUGAAGAGUCAGAAGCGGAAGGCCACCAAUUAGAUGAGAAGGCAAACAAGUCCCCACCAGAUCAACCGGGACCAGAGCAAGCUCAUCAGACCCAAGACGACUCAGAAAAUUCACAAGACAAUAUGGAGGAGGGCGAGAAGCCACAGGAUCCGACUUCAAUUGAGACGUAUCUCGAUACAGAUCCAAUUGAAAAGUCCGAGCCCUAUGACCCAACGUCCAACACUCUAUUUCCAGAGCUAACAUCCGCUUGGGGGUGGAAUGGCUCUUCUAAUAAACAUACAAGAAUUCCAUAUAAUACCAUUGCCUUCAAACCGACUAACGGCAUCCGCCUUCCACCGAGAAUCGAAUCGAACUCGAAGUCAGGCAAUGAAGAUGAAAAGCCACAAAAGACUACCACGCUUUUCGGGAAGGAUAAUCCCCCAACGCAUGAACGAUACAGGCCAUCCUUGUGGAGUCGAGCCCUCAGAAUGGACUGGCGUCUGAGCCAGUCGAACAGCGGUGAUCCUGCAAGCAGCAACAAGAACGUGAAGAUGAACCAUGGCAUCAUCCGCACCCCAAAAUUUGUUGCGACGUGCGAAGACGUCGAGAUUGGGAUCAACAGGAGGAAUGAAUCCAGGGUGAUACAAUUGAAACCCCGAUUAGAGCGUGUCCAUAUCCCCGAGUCCAUUCAAGAAGAAUCACUGGCACGACCAUCCAACUACGGCAAGAAGAUUCUCCCUUUCAGCGAAGACCUUCUUGACCAUCAAUUUUACGACAAAAUCAAACCAGAACAGAAAGAAGACGCCGCAUAUAUGAAUUGGGUUGCCCAAAAGUUAUCUGCGAGUCUCAAGACGUCCGUGGGGAAUUAUCGCGACGUCCAUUGGUCAUACGAAAAAGUUCUGGAAUCCAUGAGAAACGAUAAGCUUCAGUACGAAAACGAGUCGAUUGCAAAUGCAGAUCUACACCGUCAAAUUGCAGAGCUUAAAACAGAGCUAAAUCAAAAAGACCACACCAUUGCUGCUCUUAAAGAGACCCGCGAAUCUGACCUCAAAGAAUUGCAUAAAGAAUUCGAUCGCGAACGUAGCAAUUUUGCUGGCAUGUUCGGUGCCAUUGAUAGCAACAUUAGGAAUAAGCGCAAAGAAAUCCCAGAGCUUUCCAACGAGCUUACGGAAAUGCAAAAUACGACCAAAAAAGUUCAAGAAGGCAUGGAGAUCAUACUGAAUGUCCAAGAACAAAUCCUGUCCCGCCGGUGGGAGUAUACUCAGCGUCUUGAGACAGAGCUCCGAGAAAUCAAACGAGAUACUGAGGCAUCCAUCAAACAAGCAUACUUGUACAUCGCCCAAAACACUGGAGACGCCAAAAUCGCUCGAUUAAACCAUCGCAAGGGUUUAAUAGAAGGCCGGUACCUUGCAACUUCCAACAAAACCAUACGCCAAGCCUAUGUUGUCUCGUCUGAAAGCGUACGUGCUCAUUACAAUGGCGAAAUUGCAAAAGUCUACAAGACCAUUUUAUCCGAGAUAGAAGAAUCUGUAGGAGUUGGGAGCCUAUUGAGGGGAAUUCUCUAUGGCGUGAACUUCGAAAAAUCAAUGCAAGCAGACAAUUAUACAUCUCCGCAGUGGGACAGAAAGGUUAUCGAUGUCCUAGCUUGGGGGAUUGGCAAACUCGCUCGAUCGUACUACAAGCAGGGACAACUGAAGGAGCAUAUGCCAGACAUCUUUAAAAAAGGAAGCCCGUCAUGUAUACUGCACCCAGAGCAUGGGAUUGAUGGCGGGAAAAAAGAUCCAGAAAGCUUCCACGGAAUAAUGCUUCGAGCAUUCAACGACAAAACAAAUGAGGAAAUCGUGCCGCCUAUUCCAACUCUAGGCGAGCUCCUGUUACAACCAUUAUACGACCCCGAACAGCUAGAAAAGAUUAUCGAAGCAGUUUCCCUCAAAGAGGAAGAGUGCUAUGCAGCAGGAAGAUAGUCUCGACAUUUCUGCGCGCUCGAACCCCCUAUCGACACCUCGAAAGUUAGUAUACCUAGCUUUAAUGAAACACUCCAAUUUAAUUGUAGUGAAAUGCAAUAGUUCAAAUUACUUGAAUUACACGGGAGAACUUUGGUAUACCCAGAGUACAUGGGAGGGGUUAGGGCUGGGUGGGAGUGUAUGGAAAAGGCCGGGUAUAUUUUGGUGGGCGAUGGGAUCAUUCCAUUCUGGUAUUUUCUCAUUGGCAAUGGGCCUUUGAUUGUUUUUUGUCUCCUCUUUCUCCUUUGAUUCCCUACUUUUGGGCUUGGCUUUAAAACAGCCCUUACGUAGCUGCCUACAC